AUGCAAAUGAAGCAAAUUAUCCUCCAAUUUGCUUUAGUUCUUUUAUUCAUAGAAGAAGUCCUUACUUAUGGAUUCUAAUUUAGCACAAAAAAAUGGUUUCAAAAAGGAGCUGGUUCUAUAUCUGCUGGAGAUACUGAUGGAUGGUCUCUUUCAUCUUCGAAUGCAUAUUACAAAACUUGUUCUGGAACUGUUACAGAGUUACUCAACAGGGAUUUGUUUGUUUUAAGAAGUGGAUAUUCAAUCUCUAAAACAUAUACUGGUCUUCCUCCUCACUGGUCAGUUGGAGUCAGAUUUGAUCUAGUUGUUGGUGUUGGUGGUUCUGGCUGUUUAUAUAUAGAUACUCAGCCUUAACCUUGCUAUUAUUAUUAUUCUUACUCUAAUUCUUAUGCUGUUUGCACUAGUACUGCUGAAAAUUUUUAAAGAGUAUAUUCAAAUUAUACACAUAAUUCACCUACAAUGAAACUCGAUCUCUAUGCAUCUGGCGAUUUAAUCUUAAGUUUAGUUGAAAUAUAUCUUGAUAGAUGUCAUAGUUCCUGUCUUAAAUGCAGUGGACCCACAGCCAACCAAUGCACAUAAUGUGAUCCUACUAGUUCUCCUGUUUCUGGUGGUAAGUGUUAGUGUCCUACUGGAAAAUAUAUGCUAGAUGGUAAAUGCUAUAAUCCAUGCCCAUCUGGAUACAUAAAAAACCCAGACACUACAUAGCAGACAUGCAUUAUUGAUUAUUGCUCUUCUGCUCCAGAAAAUGUAUAUUGCGGAACUUGCAAGAGCUCUACAUUUUGUACAUAAUGCAAGUUAGGAUAUUUUUAUUAUAUGGGUUAAUGUGUAGCCACAUGUCCUCCUGACGCACCGAAAGACAGUACUGGUGUAUGCAAAGAUCCAACAGUUGGAAAAUGGAAUGCAAAAUAUUUAGUGUAUGAAUUGUUUUCCAAAACAUUUAGUGAAUCUGAAAUAGUAGGUGCUAAAUUUUAAAUAAAUGCACCAGGAAGAUUUUAUGGAGCAAAUAAUUGGUCUAAAUUUACUGAUUGUGGAGAUUAUAGAUUUUUUGCUGGGUACAAUAUUUAUGGACCUGGAUCAUAAAUAAACUACUCAUUUACUUUGCCUGCAGGUGCUAAAUAUAGCUCUUUUUUAAUUUCUUUCUUGUUUGGCUAAAUAGAUAACUACGAAAAAGGUGAAUAUGUAAAUUUUGUUAUCACAAACAGUGGUGGAUAAGAACUUAAAAGAUAGUCAAUUACAGGCAAUGGAAAAGAUUUAAUUUGCGGUAGAAAAGAUUAAUAGGAGCUAUUUUAAUAUUAAUAUAUUAAUGUGACUGUCACAACUCCAGAUACUUAUAGUUUAACUAUAACCAACUCAUUAGGUCAAAUAGAAAACGAAAGUUUUGGAAUGAGAGAGUUUAUUGUCAUUGUUGAUUAUUGCAUUGAUAAUUGUACAAAGUGUCAAGACUAAGCAGGAUGUGUUUAAUGUGAUAGUGGUUAUUACCUUUAUAAAUCUUAGUGCUUUAAAGACCGUUGCCCAGAUGGAUCUUUUGAAGAUAAAUCUAAUCCAACUCCAAGAUAUUGCUCUUCUUGUCAUGAAUCUUGUAAAACUUGUUAAGGAGCAGGUCCCAACAAUUGCCUGACUUGCUUUGAUGGAAUCUAUCUCAAAACUAAUAGUUGUGUUGCAAAUUGUGGAGACCAAUUUUAUCCUGCUACAUAAACCUGCACCAGUUGCCAAGUUCUCAUUUGUAAUCCAUGCUAUAAGCCCUGCUUAAGAUGCACGGGUGGUAAGUACAACUAGUGUUAAGCUUGCAUAAAUGGAUAUUAUCUUGACAGUGAUAAAAGUGAAUGCGUUUCUGUUUGUUAAGAUAGAUUUUAUCCUAAUUCUUCCACAAAUACUUGUGAUCCAUGUGAUAUUGAAUGUUUCAAUUGUAAAGGCCCAAAUAAUAAUCAAUGUACACAGUGUGAAUUACCUAGAUUCUUACUAGGAACUGAAUGUAAGCUCAAUUGUCCAUCUGGCUAUUUUGGAAACAAAAAAACUUGUACUUGUGAUCCCUGUACUUCGCCUUGUGCUGAAUGCGUAGAUUCAGCUACGAAGUGUACGAAAUGUGAUAAACCUAAUCUUUAUUUAGAUGAUUUUUAGUGUGUGUUAAAUUGCUAAAAUAAGAAAUACAAAGAUGAUGCAACUAUGAGAUGUGAAAAAUGCAAUAUUUAGUGUGGUAACUGCACUGGACCAUUCUCAAAUUAAUGUACUUCAUGUGAUCUUGAAGAUGGCUUCUUAUUAGAUACAACAUGUGUUUAAGAUUGUGGAGAUGGGUAUUUCCCAGUUUCUGAUCCUGCUUAUGUCUGUUCAAAAUGCCAUAAAAGCUGUAAAACUUGCAAAAGUCCUGGUCUUAAUACAAGUUGUACUUCCUGUAAUAAUUAAUAUCUUACUCCUUAAGGUUAAUGUAUGGACACUUGUCCUAUAGGAUAUUAUCAGGAUCCAAGUAUCUACUUAUGCAAGUAAUGCCAUGAGACAUGUGAAACAUGCUCAGAUUAAUAUAGUAUUAGUUGUUUAACUUGUCGUCCUGGAAGAUAUUAUUUAAAUGGUCUUUGUGUUACGAUAUGUCCAAGUAACACCUUUCCUUUAGACUUAAAAGGUUGUCAACCUUGUCACCCUUCUUGUGCUACAUGCAACGGCUAUUUUCCACAAAAUUGUUAAUCUUGCAAAUUAGGAAAUUAUUUAUAAAAUGGUACAUGCGUGUAAACAUGUACAACUGGUUAUUAUGGAAAUAAUGAAACUGGUACUUGUAGCUAAUGUCAUCCUUAUUGUGCUUCAUGCUAUGGAAAAGAAGUUUAUGAGUGCAUGACUUGUAAUAAAGGAUACUCUCUAAGUGGUUCCACAUGUGGUUCUAAUUGUCCAGCUGGAUAGUAUUAAGACACAAAUCUUAACUAAUGUUCUAACUGCCAUUUUGAAUGCUACACUUGCGGAGGUCCAGAUAAAAAUGACUGCACAGGCUGCAAAGGAGAAAGGUACUUAGAUCAAUAACUUCAUUUUUGUGAUUCUUCUUGUCCUGAAAAGACGUUUAAGGGAGCGAACAAUAUUUGUCAGCCAUGUCAUGCAACGUGUGGUGGUUGUAUUGGAAAUACAGCGAAUGAUUGUAUUAAAUGCAACUAAGGUAGCUAUUUAUAUAAUAAUUAAUGCGUUCUUGCAUGUCCUGAUGGGUAUUUUUCAACUGAACAACCAUUUUUAUGCAAUAAAUGCCAUUAAUCUUGUGCUUAGUGCUAAUUUGGCGCUCAAGACAGUGAUUGUACGUAAUGUGCUGGUAAUUAUUACUUGGAUGGGGCAAAGUGUGUCUAGGCAUGCCCUAAAGGUAGCUUUGGCAGUACAAAGCCAAAUUAGUGUCUACCCUGCCACUCAUCAUGCGCAGAGUGCUCUGGACCGAACUAUAACUAAUGCACUACUUGUCAAGAUAAAACUUAUAAAUUUUAAAAUAUAUGUUAAACUGAGUGUCCUAAAGGAUACUAACCUUCUCAAAUUUAAAAAGAAUGCAUUAAAUGUGAAGAAGGCUGCAACUCUUGUUCUGUAUAAGAUCCAGCCAUAUGUCUCUCCUGCUAAUAAGGUACUUACCUUCAUCAAAAUAAAUGCACUAGUUAGUGUCCUGAUGGAACUUAUGUAGGAGUAGGAGCCGUCACAAAUCCUAACAGAUUAUUAUCUGAUACUCUAAUUAUUGAUAAUGAUUCACUUAAAUCUUAAUAAAUUUGCCUUAAUUGUGCAGAUGACUGCAGAAAAUGCACAGGUAGCUUCAAAUAAGAUUGCACAUAGUGGUUUGAUGAGAGAGAAGUAAAUUAUGCAGAGUAUCGCAUUUUCUGGAUAUUUUUUGGAAAAACUGUAUUUUGCAUUGUAGGUAUACUUGCUGGCUUCUACUUAGAUUACAAAGACGAAGUUAGCUAAGAGGAAAAACUAAACAACCCUAUGAAAUAAAAUCAAGAAGAAGAAAAACAAAAAAUGAUUUAACAAAAUAACGCCAAAAUAUUUCCAAUAAAUGGUCCUUAAUCACAGUAAGUCAGCGGUCUUUUACCUGUUUUACCUUAAAUAUAAGAUAAGCAUAGUAAUAUAAACGAAAUAGAAACAGUGAAAAGCUAUUAAAAGCAUGAAGAAAAAGGAAGUCCUCAAGUUGAUGAAAAGGAUUUAAUGAACAACACAAACACAAAGAAGAGACAAAGACUCGACUUAAACUAUCUUCAGAAUAACUCUCUUAAAUAUAAUUAACUCAAUAAAAACACAGAAUUAAAUUUCGAAAGUGACUAAACAAAAGGUCUUGAUAUUGAUUUCUUGUUCCAUCCAAACACACUUAGCACACAAAAUAACAACUUGAAGCAAUCUAAUAAUAAGUUAAGCAUUAACGCCUUAGAAAAUAAAGAUGAAAUAAUAAACCCAGGCACAUAAGCUUAAAUAGUGAACAACGACUAAAUUUAAAAUGAAAAUCAAAACACCCUGAUAAAUAAAUAAAAGUCCCCCAUUCUAGCAUUCUUCAUUUUCUUUGAAGUGACCUAAUUAUUUUUGUACAAAAACGUUAAUUUCAUGAGACCUGUCAGAGUUUUAAUCUAUUACUCUAAGCUUCUAUUUAUUUUCUUCAUUACAUCCUUCUUUUCUAACAUCGAUUAUUAUCUCAUUGGAUUUUGCAUGUUUGGACUUCUGCUUACAGUCAAAUUACUUCAUUCAGGUAUCAUGUAUUUAGGGGUUAAAUUCCAGACUAUGAUUAUGUUGUGUUUUGCUGUUUUUAUAGUUUUAGUUUUUCUCCAUAUUAAAAUGUUUAUGUUCCCUGAAAUAGCUAGGAUAUCUUUCCCUCAGGAUAUUUCUUGGAGCAAUCUCUACAUCUACACUUUCUUAGCAGAUCUAGGACUAUUCUAAAUAGUCUACUUAAUUAUUUAGAUAAUUAUAACAUACGAUUUCUCUUCUUAGCACAUUAUUAAAUACGAUAUCUUCCAUAGAAUUUUAAAAAUGAUCUUCUUUAAGGAUUUGUUGAAAAAAUGGCUUGACGAAAAAGACAAUUGA